GAGCCAUUUGGAGGUUUCGGCGCGAUGGACCCGUCGCCCGACAUGGACGCGUACUUGCGCGCGCAGAUCCGCAGCGCCUUCGACAUGUUCGACAAGGAGCGCAAGGGCUGCGUCAUCCAAGAAGAAGUGAGCACGAUCAUGCGGUACCUCGGCGCGUACCCGAGCGAGAAGGACAUCAUCAAGAAGAUUCUGCCCGAGAUGCAAGACGACGAGCCGUCGACCUUUGUGACCUACGAGAAAUUUGAAAAGAAGAUGCUCGAGGUCAUGUACAGCCACGAGUACGAGCCCGACUCGGACGAGGCGCUCAUGGCAGCCUUCCGCGUGCUCGACCCGGACAAGAAGGGUUAUCUCGAGGCCGACGUCAUGAAGGAGCUGCUCUUGACCAAAGGCACGCCCUUCCGCGAGAAGGAGCUCGAAGGCUUCAUGCACGUGGCCAAAGACGCCGACACGGGACGGAUCUACUACGAAGACUACAUCUCGCUCGUCACGCAAGAGCUCGACGUCCGCUCCGCGACCACCACCAAGUGAGAGGCUACCAACUAAACUCGAGGAGCAACGGUGGAGCGUGUUAUAACGUCACGGUGAC